GCAUCAGAGGAGAACGCGACUUGACACCAAAGGGUGGCGUCCAACAACGAAAUUGGGGGGUGCUUACAGAAGUAUGCUACAGUUUCAACAAACUUAUUAGUACAGCAAUUGAUUCAACUCCUUCACUCACGUGUAUUCAACGCUCCAGAACUGUGUCAGCGCGUGAAGCAUGCUUGAGCAUCAAUCAGCCCCCAACCGAAUGAUCCAAUCAUUAAAAUGCUACACCUGGUACCAAGCUCGACGCCCCACGGAAAAUAUCUCAGAAGGAUGUGGAACGAGGAACCCAAGCUCACCUAGCUAGUGUCACUCUUCACCGAAGCCCAACCCUUCUCAUACGGUCUCGUGCCGAACGUCAUCUGUUUCUUCUGCCGUGUGUUGCUCCUUCCAAUCACUUGUAAGCCUGCAGACUGAAAAUUUACUUCACACGAAAACCGCAGGUGGAAGAAUUGAAGCGUUCGAGGAUGAACAAGCGGAUCAUAAAACACUCCCUCCACGUAGCAAAAAAACAACCCAACAUGAGAGCAUUGGUUCUUGCAGUGGCGAUCUGUGUUGCUUCUUCAGAAGGAUCAGAGCGAGAAUCUCCCCGAAGAACUGAUGCCGUCCACUCUCUUUUGCUUCUCCGAUAUGGAUUUUGAUUUCGCCCCCAAUGGAGAUUGGAAGACAGACCUGGAACAGUUACAAGAAAAGUACCAAGCGGCCGGUUACAAAGUCCCUCGUGUAGUUUUCUGGGACCUAGUACGAGACUCCAGAUCUUCUCCAAGUGACUUCAAUACGGAAGGAGUAACCAUGCUGUCAGGAUAUAGUGCUAGCUUGGUCAAGUCUUUCUUGGAGUUUCGUUUGGAGGAGUCAACUCCUUUGGCUCAAAUGCUGAGAGCGCUGAAACCAUAUGAUUCUGUUGUGCUUUCCGACAAAGUCGACCCAGCGGGCGAGAUUACGGACCUUCUGAAGAGGGAGCAAGAGCGAGCAAAAGAAGGACGAAGCAAGCGGUCCGUGGAGGAGGGAUUACAUGCAGAUGCUGCAAUGCUUCUUUUUGAGGAUGACACAAAGAUCAAGCAGCACGGUCUCUUCGGUUAGUUGGACGUCGUCCUCAUUACUCAAUGUUGUCUACAAGUACGGAGCGCUAGUAGUAAUAACUAGACACAUGUCAGAAUC